UCCAAGGCGAGCGCUUCGCAACUCGCAAAACUCAUUUCGCCAUUGUUAUUGUUAUUGUUAUGCGUUAUUUUGUUUUUGCUGCCCGUUUUCCAUUGACAUUCAAUUUGAUAAGCGGCAAAUCAAAAUUGACUGUUUCGUGAUGUCAUGGUAAAAGUGUCGCUUAUCAAAGACUGAAAACGAUAUCAGAAUUGUGUUUGCCAACGGAAACAGUUAAUAAAUACUCGCGAAAUCGAAAGCAAAUUGCAGAUAGUAACAGAAAAAGAGCAGCUACAUUAGCCGCAAUGACUACCGCUAGCGACUACCAAGUGUAUCUGGAGACAGCCUGGCAAUGGCUGAACUACCUGCCCUACCUACUGGUGGCCUACGUCCUGCUCACGCUGCUGCCCAAGUCGCUGAUGCGCAUGAAACGGUUCGCGGACGCUGACUUCGAGGCGAAUCGUCACAAAUUCCAUCGCUGCUAUGGCCCUGAGCUGUGCUGCCACGCCCAUGUCAAAGCCAAUGCCCAGGCGCAGACGCAGGAGCUGCCGGCUAAGCAGCCGAAGCAACGCAAGCCGGUGACUCGAGUCUAUCCGAAGCGACAACAGCCGCUGACCCGGCCGGAGCUGCCGUCCAUUAAGCACAACAAUGUGACAAAGAUUGCGCGCAUGUUCGAGUCGGGCAAUACGACGCGGCAGGUGAGCCGCGUGACACCUGUAGCGCUGCCCGAAGUGCGCCUGCUGGGCGCCAGCGAGGGGUCCAGCGAGACGACGCCCUGCGUCUCGCGCAAAGGCAGCAUUGCCACACAGAUGCAGCACAUUGAGCAUGCCAUGCAACUGUGGCAGGAGCUGCAGGAUCAGCAGCAACAGCAGCAGCAGCCGCAGCCGCAGCAACAAAAGUCAGUAAAUGAUUGGGAGCCCAUGUCGGCAAUGCCUGUGCCGAGCAUAAGACGCAGCCUCGGCACCUCAGCCACGCCCUCAACGGCAUCACCGCUGUGCAGCUCACCUGAGCCACAUUCACCAUUGCUGCUGCGCCAGCCGCCGGCACUAUGCCUCAAGUCUAGCAUGGAGGACAUCUUCCAGGCCAUCGCGCGCAGCGCCGAGGAGCCCGUCGACUGCAACAGCCUCUCGCCCAUCACCUGCAUCGACGACAUACUCUCGGAGCGCAGAUUCUCGCGGCCCCUGUCCGCCUACUCCAUAACAGAUCUGCUCAACGAGGAGCAGGAGACGCUGUUUGUCAACGAGACGACGCUGCAGCAGCUGGAGACCAGUUGAGAUCAUGCUGAUGAGUUGGGCUGAGUUCAGUUGACGCCGAGUGCAUUCCUAGCUCAGCUGCUCUCGGGUCACUUAGUUUGUGCCAUGUGCGAGCUCGAAAGGCUUUCAGCAUGCUUCUCUCUCCCUCUCCCUCUCCAGCUGUCUCUUUCUAUCUCAUUCUUGCUCGCUUAUCUAUUGCUUGCUUGACUCAUAAUCAUACGAUACGCCACGCCUCCGCCUCGGCCUUCGCCCUUCCCUGGCUGUUGCGCAGCAUUUGCCAGUUGCAUUUUGUUUGUUUAAUUAGCGAAAACUUAAGCAAAUAAAAGUCACAUAGAGGAAUAACAGUU